CCGCAACCUCGUUUGUAGAGAAUCGUUUAGUCAUAAUCAGUGAAAAUACACUUUUUAUAUAGUUAUAUCUGAUUAAUAACCCCAUUGGUCCUCUUGUGCAUAUCAUUUGCACCUCGAAUGACUGACUGGGACAUCUCUGAUUACGAUGGUGAAGGCGACAGCGUCGAUUUCGAUCAUGAUGCAAGUGAUACUGAUUCUUGGUCGGACGACGAACGUCAACAACAAUUAUUCGAUCCAACUGAAAUAACAGAAUCAAUACCACUGCUACCAUUUGAUAAUCAAGUUGGAGGCCACGCGUCUAUUUUUCGCUUUUCGAAACGUGCUAUAUGCAAAGUAGCUACUCCAGCUGAACGAAAAUUUUAUGAACACCUCGCAUCAGAUCAUCAUUUGCUGAUUCCUUUCACACCACAAUAUCUUGGCGUCCUCAAUGUUUCUUAUCGCCAACCGAGUACUGAUCAAACAGAUAGGCAAUCUCAUCUCAUGCCGGAAGUCGUUUUUGAUAAAAACAAACAUCUUUUAAGAGACUGGAUGUCACAUCAGAACAGUACGGCACAUUCAAGAUCCAGUUCGCCUAAUCAAUCGCAGGAUCGCCUUGGUCAUAACCUUUGUGGCAAUUCUGAUUCAGCCUCAUCAUCAAGCCACUCCUCUGAGCGUGCCACAGGUCAGCCAAGAACAAUAAACAAAAGCUUUCAAGAGCAGGUAUUGAGCGAAGUAUUUUCUCCGCAAGCUUUACGAGAGAGGUUAAAACAGGUUCGGGGAUGGCAUCAUAAUCAUUCAAAGCACCGCAAAUCUUCCCGCUACUAUGUCGAGAAUCCAGUCUAUAGCAAGGAUGUUGUAAAUACAGCAGAUAACUUUCAAUUGAGCCAGCCUGCAAAGUUGAGGAGGCAUUCGUCUCAGAACUUUUUCGAUGAUUUAAUAGACUGCUCACCAAGGUCGAAUUCAAUACCUACCUCAAGAAGCUUAUCACAUAUCGAACCUAUACCAUUUCCCUACGCGACAUCCAACAACAGCUUGGACACGUCGUUUGAUAAUCACUCUAGUAUUCACCUCCCUCAGAAUCCAUCCUCUCUGUAUAAACAAUCUCUCUCCAACGCAUCCGUUUUAUCCGCUGCUAGUUCUUUUGAACCAACCUUAGCAGAUGUAGGAGCCCGCUCAGUAGAUAGGAUAUCAGUACAGCUGCGACGUCCUAAUAUCGUUUCCACUACUUCCGCCCCACAAACUCCAAAAAUGCGUUCUCAAAAGACGCAUCGUCAUAAGCGUGGCGAUGAUAUACCCAAUGGCAGUCCAUCUCCAUUAAACACCGACGACGGAGAGAUCAUUUUCGAAAUGGAUGAUCUUGAAGAUAGCCUACCUCGGCCUAUGAAUACAAGUAGUUCUUAUUCGACGUUACCAGAGCUAGCAAUCGCUCGUGAUUCUUCAAUUCUACAGGAAGUUUCCAGCAAAUCAUUGCUAGAUGAUCCAAGGUUUGAGGACGAAGCUUACAGCGAGGCAGGACCUCAUUUUGGUGAAGAGAUGACGAACCCAACAGAAAGCGGAACGGUAUCCUCAACCUUUAAUCGAAUCAGCCGUCCAAACAACCCAUGGUCGCUUCAACUUUACAACAAAGGGUUGCAAAAAAUGAAAUCCCAAAAAACACAAACUACUGACGAAACAAGUGGUGAUCAUGUACAACAAUUUAUCUUAAUAGAGGAUCUGACGGAUGAACUCAAAUAUCCUUGCGUACUUGAUCUCAAGAUGGGAACGCGACAAUAUGGAGUAUAUGCUACCGAAGCAAAGAUGAAAAGUCAGACAGCAAAAUGCGAAAGCUCGACAAGCAAAUCACUAGGCGUUCGUGUGUGCGGCAUGCAGGUUUAUAAGCGUAAUAUUUCUCAAUUCUUAUUCCAAGACAAGUAUUAUGGAAGAGGUCUUAAUGCGGUUACAUUCCGUAACACUCUUGUGGAAUAUCUUGACAAUGGCGAAUCCUGUCAAAUACAGCAUAUCCCAGUGCUUCUGCGCAAGCUGCGGCGUCUCGCAGGUGUUAUACGACAGCUGAACGGAUAUCGCUUCUACACAUCCUCACUGCUUGUAAUAUAUGACGGCGAUAAUGACAGUAAAAGGAAAAUCGACAUUCGCAUCAUUGACUUUGACCACUGUGUCAGUGCAAAUGAAAUUCGCGAACACGGCGACAAGAUGACCUACCCACCGACGCACGAUGGUCCAGACAAAGGGUAUUUAUUAGGCCUGAAGACCCUAGUCAAUUGUUUUGAAUAUAUAUAUCGAACACAUGGCGGUGAUAUUAGUGACAUUGAGAUCGUCGAGGGUGAAGACGUCUUUCAAGGCGUCGGAGACAAUAGCAGCCCAUUAGGCGAUGAUUAGAUAUAAGCAUCUAGCACAAGCAAUUCUUUAUUUUAACCACUUAGUACCAGUGUACAGUUACAUCAAUUUUUCUCCUUAGUUGUAUAUGUUGACCUGAAAUUACAAAAAGUAUCCUACGUUCCCCAUAGUCGCCUCAGAUUAUCCUUCGUGCGUGGUUCAGGUUUUCAGUCUUCUGUAAUUUCGAGCAAACGCAGGCAUGAAUAAACUUUUUUUAACACCCCUUC